AAGACUCUGCGUUCAAUCGAUCAGUCGUUGCGUCGAAGGCCUCGUCACUAGUGAUCAUGACGACCGAGCAAGAUAUCAGAGAAUACUUCGAAACUGCCAAAGAAUUAACCCUACAAGCUGGCGAGCUAUUCAAAUCUGGCUUCGAAGGACAGAAAGUCGUGGAAGCGAAGGAACAUGAGUGGGACUUAGUAACAGACUGUGACAAAAAAAUCGAGGAGUUGUUAACUAAAGGCCUGAAAGAGAAAUAUCCCGAUCAUGAAUUUAUGGGAGAAGAACACAUGGCCAAAACUAAAGAACCGCUAGUGUUGACGGAUAAACCAACAUGGAUCAUGGACCCCAUAGAUGGAACUCUCAAUUUUAUUAAUUCAUAUCCGUUUUCAUGCAUAUCAGUGGCUUUGUCAGUUCGUAAGGAAAUUGUGAUAGGGAUUAUUUACGAUCCGCUGCGGUCAGAAUUAUUCACUGCAAUCAAAGGGCAUGGGGCGUUUUUGAACGACAAGCGCAUUAAGACCACUAACGUCACUGAGUUGAAGAAAGCUUUGAUAGAAUUCGAAUUGUUUUCCUUGUUCAUCCCAACAAAAAAUCGGGACAUCAAACUGGGUAGAUUAGAAGCCUUGCAUCGCGCUACACGAGGGAUUCGAUUCAUGGGAUCAGCUACGUUAUCUUUAGCAUAUGUAGCAAAAGGCGCACUAGACUCUUUUCAAAUGGACAACCUUAAGCCUUGGGACAUUGCAGCUGGAAUACUACUUGUACGUGAAGCAGGUGGCUCCGUAAUAGACACAAAAGCGGAGCAGUAUGAUUUUAUGAAACCAAACACAAUAGCGGCGGCAAACAACACUCUAGCUAUGGAAAUAAAACAAUUAAUCCUCGACACUGAUCUGAAAAUACUGCGCAAGAGGUUAACGAAGAUGUAAUGAAGUGUAAAAUGAAAGUGAUGUAACAGUGUCUUAAGUAGAAUUAACAAUUCGCUCGUAAAACUUGUUAGGUAUGUGAUAAAGAAACGAUAAUUCGACUGCCAUGUGCUGAAAACAAUAAAAGUAUUAUUAUAUUUUUAAUCGAUUUAAACCAUAGUCUAUUAUUUUAACAAAGGCAAAAUCACUGGUAAAAACUUAAAACGAAAUCGA